AUAAUUGCAACUUUCAUCAGACACAGAAGAAUUGUGAGGAUGUUUGUUCAUCAGAUUCUUAAACACGCCAAGCUAUCUGUCUUCCCUCUAAUCACUUUCUCUGCCAUAAUAUUUCUUAUCCAUGCAGAUAGUAUCAUCUACAAUGAUUCCCUACACUCUGCAGCUGGUACAGAAGCACCAAAGAAGUUGCCAUCUCACAAUCACAUAACAAAGGAAGGAAUAAGGUCAACACUUGUUCACAUACCUUUACGUUCCAUUCAAGAGAAGGAUGAAACUGAUAGUCGAAACCAGAAUGCUCUAGUUGCCCCAUUCAAUGCCACAGAAGAAGAAAGAAUAGCUUGGUUUCGAGAACAGCUGCAUAACUUCAAGAUUCUCAAGUCAAACAAUUUGACACGACAAUUUCAUGCUCGAGUUUUGGGAUUUUUCAGCCAGGAAUGUGAGGCUCAGUUUUUCAUGACUUGGAUUUCACCUGCAAGCUUAUUUGGAGGGAGAGAAUUGCUGUCUGUGGAAAGCGUUUUCAAGAACCAUCCUAAGGCAUGUAUAAUAAUUUUAUCAAGAACUUUGGACACCAGACAUGGCUACAGAAUCCUGAAACCACUGCUUGAUCACGGGUUCAAAGUGCAGCCAAUAGCCCCAGACUUGCCAUUUUUGUUCAAGAGGACUCCAGCUGAAGCUUGGUUUCAUGAGUUGAAGAAGGGUAGAAAGGAUCCUGGUGAGAUUCCCUUGUCUCAGAAUCUAUCUAAUCUGAUAAGACUUGCAGUUCUCUACAAAUAUGGCGGUGUCUACAUAGAUGCAGAUUUUAUAGUUCUUAAACCCUUAACAGGGUUAAGGAAUUCUAUUGGUGCACAAAGCAUGAAUUUGGAUUCUAAGCACUGGACCAGAUUAAAUAAUGCAGUUCUGAUUUUUGAUAGGAGACAUCCACUUCUGCAUAGAUUCAUCAGCGAAUUUUCGUCGACUUUUGAUGGAAAUAAAUGGGGGCACAACGGUCCCUACUUGGUUUCCAGAGUGAUUAAAAGGCUGGGGAAAAGGCAUGAUUUCAACUUUACAAUCUUGCCUCCUAUGGCCUUUUAUCCAGUGGACUGGAACAAGAUAAGUGGGUUAUUUACAAAGCCAGAAACUUUGGAAGAAUCAAGAUGGGUAGAAGCCAAACUGCUUCAGCUCAGAGGGAAGACUUAUGGGAUUCAUCUAUGGAACAAACAUAGUAACAGAUUGAGAAUUCAAGAAGGAAGCGUCAUAGGAAGACUUGUAUCAGAUUACUGUGUCAUUUGCAACCAUAAAUACAGUUCUUAGAUAAUAGUUGUUGACAUGUUCACAGUUCAUCAUUCAGGGGAACCAAAAUAUCUUUUGCAUACCAAAUUUUUAUUCUUCCCACUGUACAGGAAAUACUCUGAUUGUAGUCAAUCACAAGUAACUAUAUAGUGGAGGAACUCUCUUGCGGUCUUCAAAAAAUAUUGAUUUUCUACCUUUAUUAUUAUUUCAAUAAAAAAAAAGCUUAAAAUCCAAUAGUAACUGCA